CGCCUUCCUUCCUCACGUGCCCUAGUUUCCUCUGACCCGCUCCUCCCACCCUCUUCCUCUCGACUCCAUAUUGAGGCUGAAGGAGGCAAAACCCAGUCACAAAAUGGAGGUUAAAAGGAGCAACUGAGUCAGAACACACUCCCAAAAUGGCGUGUAAAGAGGAGAGAGAGGCUGAAGAUUACAAGAGAAGGGGAAGAAGAUCCUCACAGGUGGGUCAUGAUCCUAAAGAACCAGAACAAUUGAGAAAGCUGUUUAUUGGUGGCUUGAGCUUUGAAACAACAGAUGAUAGCCUAAGAGAGCACUUCGAAAAAUGGGGCGCACUCACAGAUUGUGUGGUGAUGAGAGACCCACAGACAAAACGCUCUCGGGGCUUUGGUUUUGUGACCUAUUCUUGUGUGGAAGAAGUAGAUGCUGCAAUGUCAGCUCGACCACAUAAAGUUGACGGUCGUGUGGUAGAGCCAAAAAGAGCUGUUUCUAGAGAAGAUUCUGUGAAACCUGGUGCUCAUUUAACAGUGAAGAAAAUAUUUGUUGGUGGAAUUAAAGAAGACACAGAAGAAUAUAAUUUAAGAGAUUAUUUUGAAAAAUAUGGCAAAAUUGAAACCAUUGAAGUAAUGGAAGACAGGCAGAGUGGAAAGAAAAGAGGUUUUGCCUUUGUGACAUUUGAUGAUCAUGAUACAGUAGACAAAAUUGUUGUUCAGAAAUACCACACUAUAAAUGGACAUAACUGUGAAGUGAAGAAAGCUCUCUCCAAGCAAGAAAUGCAGACUGCAACCGCACAACGAAGUCGUGGGAGUAGUUCAAGCAACUUCAUGGGUCGUGGGAAUUUUGGCGGCAGUGGUGGAAGUUACAACAGAGGUGGAAGUUUUGGUAGUAGAGGAAGCUACAGUAGUGGGGGCACUGGCAGCAGUAGAGGAAGCUUUGGCAGUGGCGAUGGAUAUAAUGGUUUUGGUGAUGGUGGAAACUAUGGUGGUAGCCCUGGAUAUGGUGGCCGAGGUGGUUAUGCUGGUAGCCCAAGCUAUGGAAAUCCAGGUGGUGGAUAUGGCGGAGGAAGUGGAGGCUAUGAUGGUUAUAGUGAAGGAGGAAGCUUUGGAGGCAACUAUGGUGGCAGUGGAAGCUACAGUGAUUUUGGCAACUACAGUGGACAGCAGACUUCAAGUUAUGGGCCCAUGAAAGGAAGUGGCAGUUUCAGUGGCAGAAGUUCAGGCAGUCCCUAUGGUGGUGGCUAUGGGUCAAGUGGAGGAAGUGGCGGCUAUGGUGGACGAAGAUUCUAAAAACUAGUGGAUAAUGAUUUUUGAAGAAACCUCUGUGACCAGAGGUGGAUAUCUUAUUGGAAAACUUUUGCUUGGUAAGAAUAUACAACACCGAUCAUUUCUUUUAUUGGAUUCCUGAGCUCUGAAAAUUUUUUUGAGUUUUGGAGACAAGAACAAACUGGGUAAAUGUGAAAUAUAUUGAAUAAUUACUGUAUUCAAAUCAAUGUGGGUGGGUAUAUUAAAUCAUCUAAUUGGCAUUUAGGUCUAACAUCUAAUAGCAUGAAUACAAUGGGGGGGGAGGACUACUAUGAGCUUGAAACAACAUUUUCAAUAUUUUGAGAAGAUUUUUUUUUUCCUGAUGAAACAACAUACCUUUGACCACUUUAGCACAGGAAAAAUGGGUACUCCUUGAAGCAAGUUUUACUUCCCUGCUUUCCUAGAACAAAAAGUUCCCAUUGUUAUUGUAGCAGAAUAUGGAAAGCAAGGGAACAAAUUAUUUUUUUACUUUUGGGAAAUCUAAGAACCGUGAUUGAUUGCUUUUUGCUAUUUGCAUGCUUCUGGCAUAUAGCCUCUUAAUGCCGUUACCAAAAUUUGGCAGGAAUCACUAUUUUGGAGGGAUAAUUUCCCAGUGAUUUGGAUAAGAAAGGUGUUAUGAUGCAUUACAGAUUGUUGAACAUACCUAAUUGCAUACAUCAGGCAAAUAAAAAAACCACAACCUUUCACACAACCUGAAAAUCCUGAUUUUAUUACUCGUGUGAUUUUUCAGUUAGAAAAGUAGCCAAUAUAAAGUUAGCAUUGCUGGAUUCCUAUUGGUAAUGUUUCUAAUUGCCAAAUUGCAGGCAAGAAAAUCAGUAACAUUCUCACCUGGAAUACUUGAUGUGCCCUCUAAAUUAAUUUUCAGGUAACAAAUCUUUAAAAUGAGUUUCUUGGGUUGGUUGUUUUUUUAGGAUUUUUAAAAUUCUAUAAAUCUUAAUUGUAUAAUACUGAAAUUCAUUUGCCUUAUUCUGUUAUUCUGCAUGUAAAAGAAUAGGACUAUGGUUCCAGAUUGUCUGCCUUUUCUGGCCGUCAGCAUCUCAGUUUAACUUGCAAGUUAUGAAUUUAUGAGUAGUUUACAAUUUCUGUACCUAUCUAUAAUAGUAGCAUCAAAUGUACAACUUGUUAUGUUAAAGUAAAUAGGAACUGUGGCUAAUUGAAACUGAAUAUUAGAUAAUAUUUAUGGAUUGUGUCUUGCUAUUAAUCCUAGGACUAUGAAUGGCAAAGAGCACCUAUGCUCCCUUUUUGUCUUAUGAAAACAGGGUUGAGGCUAAAAUGGGUACAGUAAUCAGCAAUCCCCAGCAAGAUGGAAAUGGGGUGAGUGCAUGUGUUUCUCUGUGCCUCAAAUUUGGAUAGAUUUUUAUUGGUAAAAGAGUACCUGAAUCCCGUAUGCGCUCAGCUAAAUAUUUUCCCCAACAAGACGGAGAUUAACCAACUGGGCGUUUGGUGAUGGGCUUUAUAUACAUUAUGGUGCUAGAACAGUGCCAGCAUUAGGGAUCUUAUAGUCCUCAAUAAACUUAGCAAAGUUAUGAUAUUCAGUAGGUUACCAUUCUUAAUGUGCUAAAUUGUUUGCUUUUAUCUUCUGCUCUGCAGGAUGACUAAUCCUGAAGAAACAAUCGUCUGUUUCCAUAAAUUGAAAUUUUUGAUUCUUCAAUGGAACAUGCAUACAACUGAUAGCUAUGAGAGCAAAAUUGAACUAUGUAAUAAUCAAAUGCUUACAAUAAAACAAAGUUAAUUAUGAUAGUUGAUGAAUCUGAA